GUAGUCCAGCCGGCGUCGCGACGCGAUCCCGUUCAUCCCUAUACCGACCGUACGCACGCACACACGACUCUCGCACCACCGUUCUCUUCGCCGAAUCAGCUCGCUCGCUCACACGCCGCCGCCGCCGCCAGCCAGCAUCCAGCCCCCGUCGCAGACGGAAGUCGACGCGGGCGAUCGCGCGACGGGCAAAGUGCGAAAAGUCGCGCGACUAUGAUUUUUCCACCGCUCGCCGCCGCUGUUUUGUUUAUUUGCGCGCGGGACCGCACCCCGUGAACCACCGGCCGACCGCCCCCCAGGAGAGUGUAUACUUAAGUAACUUUUGGAUGAUGCAGUAAAGGGAGCCGACGAGCGGCGCGGCGAUGGUCGAUCUCUGCGGCUGUUAAUUCGUGUCGCGCGCAAACUUGCGAACUAGUUCUCCGCGCUCCGUGCAACCGCCGUCGCCGACGAAGAUUGAUCAGCAGCAGCGAGGAUCGCCCGCCGACAUGCAUUCGAUGCAUUACAACACCACCGGCUACAUGCAUUGCCGAUCCGAUUCGGGAUUAUCGCAUCGGCGAAGAGAUUGCACCGACGAUAGCGCCGACUCGACGCCCUCGGAUCUCGAAGAGACCGAGUCAGGAUGCAGCGGCACCGUGUCUGGGCUGGAGGUCGAUCCGAACCUGAAGUACCCCGGCUUCGCGCCCAUCCUCUACGGCUACAUCAAGCAGACGACGCGCCCGAGGAGCUGGUGCCUGGCGCUCAUCACUAAUCCAUGGUUCGAACGCAUAUCCAUGAUCAUCAUUUUACUCAACUGUAUCACACUGGGCAUGUACCAACCCUGCGUCGAUGAGAAAUGCGACACGAAACGCUGCCAAAUCCUGCAAGUAUUUGAUGACUUGAUAUUUCUCUUCUUCACCGUGGAGAUGAUGAUCAAGAUGAUGGCGAUGGGCAUCUGGGGCAAGGGCACGUACCUGGCGGACUCCUGGAACCGGCUCGACAUGUUCAUCGUGCUGGCGGGCGCCGUGGAGUACUGUCAGGACAUCGAGAACAUCAAUUUAUCGCCGAUAAGGACGAUCAGGGUGCUAAGACCGCUAAGAGCCAUCAACCGAAUUCCCAGUAUGCGAAUUCUGGUCAUGCUGCUGCUGGACACGCUGCCGAUGCUCGGCAACGUCCUCCUGCUCUGCUUCUUUGUGUUCUUCAUCUUCGGCAUCAUCGGUGUGCAGCUGUGGCAGGGCAUUCUACGGCAGCGCUGCUACAUACCGAAAGCAUCUCAUAACUUCACAUUCCCAUCGAAUAUAUCGGCUCCGUACACAGUGCGAGUGCCUGUUACAGACUUGUCGUUGUAUUUUUCCAUCUCCCAGGAGCAGGACUUCAUCUGUAGCAAGAACGAUCACAGCGGCAUGCAUUACUGCAAAGACAUACCACCUUACAAAGAGGGCAACAAGACUUGUCACCUCACCUACGAGGAAUACAUGAGUAAUCAAAGUGGUUGCAUAAACUGGCACCAGUACUACACCAAUUGCCGGGAUGGCGAGAAGAACCCUUUUCAGGGUACCAUCUCAUUCGAUAACAUAGGCGUGGCGUGGGUCGCAAUUUUUCUGGUGAUUUCUUUAGAGGGUUGGACUGAUAUAAUGUAUUAUGUGCAAGACGCGCACAGCUUCUGGGAUUGGAUCUACUUCGUCCUGUUGAUUGUGAUUGGUUCGUUCUUCAUGAUCAACCUGUGUCUGGUCGUCAUCGCGACGCAGUUCUCGGAGACAAAGAAACGUGAGAUGGAGCGAAUGCGGAUGGAGCGCGCCCGAUUCCAGAGCUCGAGCACAUUGGCGUCGAGCACAAACAACAGUGAACCAACAAGUUGUUAUGCAGAAAUUGUAAAGUACAUCGCGCAUUUAUGGCGACGCGGCAAGCGUCGGAUCAUCAAAAAGAUACGACUCAUAAAAGAUAAAAGGAAGCGAGAGAACGAACGCAAAGUCAUUUCGGGCGAGACGAUUCGACUUAAUUACAACAAACGACACCAUCCCAGCUGUCCCAAACUCUUGCAGCAUAAGAGUGAUCCCUCGCUGAUACAUCAAGGCAUCUCGGGUACACCAACCAGCUCCAUUCCGCCGAAAGAGAACGACAACAACAGCCGCUCAUCAAACAAGGAGAACAAAGAUGAAGAUCCCGACUCGACAUCCAUCUCCAUCUCGAUGGGUGUUAACCAGAACUCUAAAUCAAGCAACAACAACGAGUUAUCUGGUGUGCAGAACUCGGAGUUGUUGACACCCCAGCCGCAACGACGACGUUCAUCGGUGUUGUUCAGCGAAGUGGUCGUGUACCAUGGCGGCAGCAAUCCGGUGGCGGCCAGUCCCAACUCCUCAUCAAACGCGGUCAAUCUCAACGUGGACAAGAAGAAUAUAAUGUCAAUUGAAAAAAUGACACAAACAGGUGAAGGUAACAUUUGGCAGAUUUCCUCCACGCCUACACCUCAACAGAUGAUCCAUACUCACUGUUUCCCGCUGACCAAAGGUGAAACAAUGACAUGCCAACAACUCUUGGCUCUUGGGGGGAUCAACGCUGCAUUACCCACUGGUCAUGGGUUAGACCUGAUCUUCAGCUCGUUGUCCAAAGGCAGUAAACAAAGCGAUGAUGACGUUUUCUUCCAAUCACUGGAUGACUACAGCUGUUGUCAGGAUAUGUGGCAUUGUGAGGCGGAGUACCGCAAUGCCACCCGCUCCAAAUGCUACGUGAUCACGUGCCUCACCAUCAAAGCGGUCCUUCGCUUCCUGAGCACCGUGCGACGUGCGAUUAAGAUCCUUGUCGAGCACAAGUACUUCCAGCAGAGCAUCCUUGUUGCGAUUCUCAUCAACACCUCAUCAAUGGGUAUCGAGUACCACGACCAGCCCAAAGAGCUGACUUACGUCGUCGAGACGAGCAACAUCGUCUUCUCGGCGAUCUUCGCCGUUGAAAUGCUGCUGAAAGUUAUCGCCGAAGGGCCCUUCGGCUACGUGUCGAACGGAUUUAACGUUUUCGACGGCGCAAUUGUGAUUUUAAGUGCCGUGGAGAUCUUUCAAAAGUUCACCGGCGACGGGCAGGGCGAUUCCGGGCUGUCGGUGUUGCGUACGUUCCGCUUGCUACGCAUACUGAAACUGGUCCGAUUCAUGCCCAAUCUGCGCCGCCAGCUCUUCGUCAUGCUACGGACGAUGGAUAACGUGGCAAUCUUUUUCUCGUUGCUCAUUUUGUUUAUUUUCAUAUUCAGCAUCCUUGGCAUGUACUUGUUUGGGGGUAAGUUUUGCAAGUACGUCGGCGACGAUGGCGUAAGUAAAGAGUGCACGUGUCAAAUGAUCGUCGAGCAGGACAAGCGGUGCGAGUGCGAUCGGAAGCACUUCAACAAUAUCCUCUGGGCGACCGUCACCGUUUUUCAAAUCUUAACCCAGGAGGAUUGGAAUAUGGUGUUGUCAAACGGCAUGGCCAAAACCUCCCAUUGGGCCGCACUGUACUUUGUCGCUCUGAUGACUUUCGGCAACUAUGUGCUUUUCAAUCUGCUCGUUGCCAUCCUCGUGGAGGGCUUCAGCUCCGAGCGUAACGAGCGCCGUGAGCGCGAGCAGCGUGAAAUGGCCCGGCGAAAGAUGUCCAUGAUGGACCAAAGUGGUCGCGAAAGUUCCGACGAAAGCAGUCGCUCCAUAUCGAGCUCCUCGUGCAACAGCUACCACAAUAAUCAGGAAAUGAGGCAUUACUCGAAAUCAGCGGAGGAGCUCCGGAAAGUGAAGCACACUAAUGGUCAGCAGUGCAUUACCGACUGCCGCGAGUUCCCACGCGAGUGCUGCCCGCUCAAUUUGGAAAUUGAUCCAAAGUGCAACAUUCAGAAGGAGUCCAAGAUGAUGAAGAACGCGCAGGUGUCUCCGCCAGUAAUAACACACACAGCAGCAACACCGCAAGACUCUCCCAGCACCACACUUGACGACUUUCCCGAAUUCCGAUACAGUAUCACACACAUUUCCGGCGACACGGCGAUGUCCAAUGAAAUUUGCAAUUUCCCGAAUUCGUCUAGUAAUAACUCAAGCAAAUCAACCUCUAGCAUGCCCGGCCUGCUGAAACCGCCGAGUCAUCUCUCGCCUCCGCAGAUGAUCUUCCGACCAUUCGACGCGCAACCCGCCGAUCCACCGACUGCAUCAGCGAAAAUCAUCACGCAUAACGAGCGUAUUGGUUCAAAAAUUACCUCGUAUUCGGAGAAGGUCGGACCGGCAAAAUCCAAUGACAAGGCGCGCCUGCAGCGGAAAACAUCUUGGAAAUUGGGCUCACGUUCCAGCCUGAAGGUGCGCAAGAAGAACCGCAGCGUAAGCGAUUCAGAGGCGAUGCCGCUGAAUAAUGGACGAGGGCAGGAACACGACCUGUGCAACGGCGGCGGCGUCACCCGACACGGCAGCCUCCGCAACGACCUGCUGCAGUCCUCCAUGCGCAUCCAGAACGACACGCAGACGGACCCGCCCAACAACCGAUCCCCCCGUGGUCUUAGCCCACCGAACGCCAUCCGCCUGCGUAGUAACACACAGUCCACCUCAAACACGAUGCGCCCCAACUCGUUGCUGACUGCCUCACAGGUCAAACUGGAGAACGACGCGAACAUGCGACUCAGCCACAAGUCCAUCAACGAGGCGCACGAGAAGCCCGACCCCGAGAAAGCCCUACCGGUCAUCUGCAUGGAAGAAUGCGCGGAGGGAGCGCGAUUAUCCACCUCACCUCCAGCAAAUGUCAACCGAAUCAAACGCGUGCUCAACUACCUCGAGCCCAAGGGUUGUAUGAAGGAACGCGAUGAUUACUCUCUGUAUGUUUUCGCUCCUGCAAACCGCUUUCGGCGUUUCUGCGCAUGGUUCGUGGCGCAGAAAUGGUUCGACAAUGUGGUGCUCCUGUUUAUCGCCCUAAACUGUAUCACGUUGGCGAUGGAGCGGCCUAAUAUACCGCCCGACAGUCCAGAACGUCUCUUCUUGUCCACUAGCAAUUAUGUUUUUACCGUUGUAUUUACCUUGGAGAUGUUCGUAAAGGUUGUCGCGUGUGGAAUGUGCUAUGGAACGGAUGCGUACUUCACCUCCGGUUGGAACAUUAUGGAUGGUUCAUUAGUUAUAAUAUCGAUUGUCGACUUGCUAAUGAGUCUAAUUAGCGAGUCAAGUCCUAAAAUAUUUGGAAUUUUAAGGGUAUUUAGAUUGUUAAGAUCGUUGCGUCCAUUACGAGUCAUCAACCGAGCACCGGGACUAAAGCUCGUCGUUCAAACACUUCUCUCCUCGCUGCGCCCCAUCGGCAACAUCGUGCUGAUCUGCUGCACGUUCUUCAUCAUUUUCGGCAUUCUGGGAGUACAGCUCUUCAAAGGCUCGUUCUACUCGUGCAAGGGGCCGACCGCGCCUGGCGUACGCAAUAGGACGGAGUGUGAAGGAAGGGGUAAUAAAUGGGUCAACCAAAAGUACAACUUCGACGAUUUGGGAAAAGCGCUGAUGUCUUUGUUCGUGCUGAGCUCGCGCGACGGCUGGGUGAACAUAAUGUAUACGGGUCUAGACGCCGUCGGCGUCGAUCAACAGCCGCAAAUCAAUUACUCCGAAUGGCGACUGCUGUACUUUAUAUCGUUCAUUUUGCUUGUCGGCUUCUUCGUGCUGAACAUGUUCGUCGGCGUCGUCGUCGAGAACUUCCAUCGCUGUCGCGAGGAGCAAGAAAAAGAGGAGCGCGUCCGGCGCGCUGCCAAACGCGCCAUUCAGAUGGAGAAACGACGCCGAAAAAUGAACGAACCGCCCUAUUACAUCAACUACUCCCCGAGGCGACUCUUCAUCCACAACGUGGUGACUUCGAAAUACUUCGACUUGGCAAUCGCGGCCGUGAUUGGCUUGAAUGUCGUCACGAUGGCGACGGAGAGCUACAAGAUGCCCGAGAUUCUCAGCUACAUACUAAAGAUAUUCAAUUACUUCUUCACGGCCGUUUUCAUCCUGGAAAGCACCAUGAAACUAAUAGCGCUGGGAUUUGUCCUCUAUUUGAAGGACAAAUGGAAUCAACUUGAUGUUGUUAUCGUUAUUCUAUCAGUAGUCGGAAUUAUUCUGGAAGAAUUGAAGAGUAAUAUCAUCCCGAUAAACCCGACGGUUUUACGGGUUAUGAGAGUAAUGCGCAUUGCACGGGUGUUGAAAUUGUUAAAGAUGGCGAAGGGUAUACGCGCUCUUUUGGACACCGUGAUGCAGGCGUUGCCUCAAGUGGGUAACUUGGGUCUGCUAUUCUUCUUGCUGUUCUUCAUAUUUGCAGCGCUGGGUGUGGAGCUGUUCGGGAAACUAAAGUGCGACGAUGAAAAUCCCUGUCAAGGGCUGGGCGAGCACGCCGACUUUUCCAAUUUCGGGAUGGCUUUCCUGACGUUGUUCCGUGUCGCCACCGGCGAUAACUGGAACGGCAUCAUGAAAGACACCCUGAGAGAAGGAUGCGAGAGUGAUGCCGAUUGUGUGAAGAACUGCUGCAUCUCGCCCGUGAUCGCCCCGAUCUUCUUCGUCAUCUUUGUCCUGAUGGCACAAUUUGUGCUGGUCAAUGUCGUGGUAGCAGUGUUGAUGAAACACUUGGAAGAAUCUCACAAACAUCUCGAAGACGAGCAGGAUAUGGACAAUCAACUGGAACGCGAGUUUCAGGAAAAGCAAGAAAUGGAGGAACGCAGGGAACUCUGCCUGGCACUGCAACUCGAUUCCGAAAUGCUUCAACCGAAUUACAAACCGCUCACUAAAGUGCUCUCUCUGCCUUCCAACUUUAUCUAUAUUCCUCCCGGAGCUGCCUCGUCGAUCAACAGUAACAAUCACAGAUCCCGGGUGCCUGUACGCAGACAAACGGUACAUUCCCAGCAGCCGAUUAUGUUGUCCACCUUUGAUGACUUCAAAAACAUUGAUGACUCACAAUCGGAGAUUUACAGCAAGAAUAAUGAGAAUAAGAAUCUUCUUGGGCUGGAACUAAAGGUGACUUGCAGUGAUAGUAUACUGAAACGCAGCAACCAGGGCCUAAAUGAGAACCUGCUGCCGAUUCCGAAGGACGAGCACGACAGCAGUAAUUUCCGGCGGCUCUAUGGCAGCACCAAGCACCUGUUCAUGAAACCCUCGUCUUCCCCACCCAAGGACGUCACCGAAGAGACGCCUUUCCUGCAGCCGGAGUCGCAGAUCAAGAUCCCCAAGCACGACUCGCAGGAAUCCGUGCAGCGGAUCAUCACCGAACGACGCAAGAUGGACGAAAGUCUGAAGGAUGUCAACGAGUACGAUAUCUUCGACAUCAGCAAUGGCAGUGAGGAGCAGCUCGUUGACAGUGAACCCGCCGAACGCAUCGUUCCAUCGAACUCGAGGUAAAAGUUGCGAGUGGAGCAACAAGUCGCCGGAUCAAAUAAGCAAUAAUUGACCAACGUGUAUUUAUCGUUUCAUCUAAGCCCUUUCAAGCGCCAGUAUUGCAAUGCGACUGCAGAGGAACAAUUAAACAUGAGCAGCACUUAUUAGGGAUUUGACUAACUCAUAGAGUACUUAUAAUGGCGAACAAAUUGACGGAGAGAUUUAAACAAUGUUAGCUAAAACAAUGACUUAUUAAAUUUAGAUGAGAGACAUGUCUUAAACAUACACACACACACACGCAACGUGUUAAUUAAACUAUUAACGAUCAAACAAACAAGGAACUUGACAAAAAAAACGAAUGAAUAAAUUUCGACAAUCUUAAACUAGCCUUCUCGUUAGAGGAUACUGUAUAAUUUUAGAUUUGUUAUGAUUAAAAACGACUUUUAACAAAACCAAACGCAAUUGGCAAACAAAUAAUUACUCUCUCACUCACGAACAAAGGUAGAUUCCAUUCUUGCAAGCGCCUGUAGUACCCAGACUAUCAGCUAAUGUACACUCACCCGUUGUUUGGGACAUCGCCACACUUCACUCACUUAGAGAUUAAUUAGUUCGUCUUCAUGGCCUACAACUAGAACAGGGUACUACUUUCAUCAAGUAAUUUUUAAACACGAAACAAUAAAAUUGAAGCGGCACUAAACGACCGAAUAAAAUGAUACCAAACACGUGGCUGUAGCUGAUAACGUAGUCACGUAGCACGGACAAAUAAACGUUAGAAACCUAACUGAACCACAAUGAAACUGAAAACUGGAAUUGUAUUAGUUCAACAAUCAAAGCGCCUAGCGAGCGACUUAUUGCCGAACGUUCACGCAUGCGCACGAUGGGCAAACACACGGAAAAUACAUUUUCGGGGCAGUCUGUGAUAUUUUAGUCCCUUAAAAUGUUAACGCCACCUGAAUACCCGUUAAUAAUUAAUUAAUUACUCCAGGGAGAGCUAGGAGGACGUAGAGCCCACAUAGAAAGACAACGGACCGAAAAAGCGGAGAUUGGUAAAUAAACUAUUGAAAGAAUUUAUUUUGAAACGUUGAGCAAAUCUUGAUGAUUAUUGUUUUAGAUAAAUAUAUAUACAACAUAUACAUGUACCUUUAACUACUCAUAAGCAAGCAGGUUGAUGGCAACUUAAUUGCAGCAGAACUUUCCACGCAAUUCUGUUUCACGUUCAUGAACAAGCAGGAAUUGCCUGUAUCAGGUUGUAGUCUUAUUCUUUGUUCGAAUCACACCGAUUUCUCCACAACUACCAAAAUUUCUAAAGUAACUGUAACAGACGUAAUGGUCACUCGUUAAAGAAAUGUCUAUAUUCUUAUUCUAAGAUGAUAAAAAAGGUCUAUAUAUAUAUAUAAAAUGGAACACUGUGUCAAUUCGAUGUUUUGUUAUCUUUUGACUCUAUACUAUAGCUAUAUUCAUGUGAGUAAUCUAUCAAAUGCGGCGCGUUUGGUGUAACUACUCAAACGUGAAGAUUCUCCCCGUGCCUUUCCUCGUCUUUGAAAAACAAAAUGAAAACUUUUGAGAAUAACGAAUAACUCAGCAAACGAAGCAGCCGACGAACAGCUCACCAAAGAAUAAGAAACUCCUCACGUGUUGUUUGUUCUCUAAUAGUUUUCGUGUUUAAAUUCAUUGUGAUCAUACUGAGUAAUUGAGAAACUAAAGCUAAUGCAGAGUAACUAAAGGUAAAACAAUGUAAUUAUUCAAUUUUAAACAUGAGAAGAAACAGUUAGAUGUAAAUGUAAAUUUAAACGUCAUCAUUACAAUAAAAUGAUAAACAAAGCACAACCACUGGCAGCGUAUCAAUCACAGCAGAAAUUGACACAGCCGAUAAAUCACACACACAAACACAUAAAGAAAAAAAAACAAGGAGAUUAAAUUAAAGUUUAGCAAGAUAUUUAUGAACAAAAUGAUGUUAAGUAUUGUAAUAGAUUAUUGAAGGAAGGGAAAAUACAAUGAAACACAUGGAAAAUGUGGCAAACAAAGAUUGAACGAGACACAAUCGAAUCACUUGUACUGUAUACGCUACGCAGCGGCAGUAAAUCGUAAAAGAAACCAAUGUAAAUCGUAACGUAAUUAACUGUAGAGCAUCUUGUACUGUUAACUGUUAAUCCUGUACUGUUAACAGAAGCAAAAGGCAAAAAAAAAAUACAAUGUGAAAUAAGAUAUUUUAAAUCGGACGUAAAUAAAUAAUCAGGUGUGUAUUCAUUAAUGAAAUCAAUUGCAGAGUAACGUGCGAUUGCUAGCUCUUAAAACUUUAGUCGUUGAUAUUUGUGGUUACGAAGAUGUGCAACGUAAAUCCGUAACAAUAAACUAAAAAUCAGACAUAUAUAUAUGCGGUUGAUUUCGCGUUCAGUUGGCUGUCAAAUACAAAUUCGCGUUUCGCUUGCGAGAGCUGUGUUGUUUCGAAUUUCGUUGGACAUAAAGAUUACAUACUGAUGAUGAUGAUAUAUUUUGAAUAUAAGUCGUUUCAAAUUGUGUAGAAUAUGAACGUACGUUUGUUGAAUUAUUGAUUCUCUAAUUGCAGUAAGAACGAAUAAAUGUAUUCUUCUAGUUUUCUAAAUAAA